UGCGUCCCUCUUGCUCCUCGCGCGGCUCGGGAUCGUUCUCUCUUCUUACCGACGGUUCUCCCGGUAGCUCCGGUUCGCAGCAGCAUGGGCCCCGUCGAGCGCCUCCACAUGUCGGUGUUCUCCCAGAGCUUCUCCCCCUGUGGGCGCUUCCUGGCAGCAGGAAACAACUACGGAGAGAUCGCCGUGUUCAGCCUGUCUGCGGCGCUGAGCCCCGACGCCACGCCGCUGAGCCAGAAGCCGGUCCUCAGGUUCACAGCCCAUGAGGGUCCCGUGUACUCGAUGCUCUCCACUGACUGCCAGCUGCUCAGCUCGGGGAACGGAGAGAUCAGCUGCUGGAGCUGGAGCGAGCUCAUCAAGAAGAACGUUAAAUCUUUGUGGACAAAAAGACCAAAAUACAAGUCCAGUCUGGAGAUCCCUGAGAUCAACUCCAUGUCCAUGAACCUCAGAGACAACAGUCUGGUCUUUGGCGGAGGAGACAACAACGUCCACAUCCUGGACCUGGAGCAUGGAGUCUUCAAGUCCGUCCUGCAGGGCCACACGGACUACAUCCACUGCGUGAGCGUGAGGGACCGCGAGGCCGAGAUCCUGUCGGGGGGCGAGGACGGCGCCGUGAGGAUGUGGGUUCUAUUCUCUGCAGACAGCAGAACCGGUCAGUCUGUUCACUGCAUUGAGAUCCACAAAUACGAGAGUUGUGCUCGUCCUCAGUUUGGUAAAUGGAUCAGCUGUUUGACCACCGACUCUGACUGGAUGCUGUGUGGUGGAGGUCCGUCUCUGUCUCUGUGGCAUCUCCGCUCUCUGUCUCCGACCUCCGUCUUCCCUCUGAAGGGCGUCCAGAGACAGACCUCCUUCUACCAGGACAUGAUCCUGGCGGUGGGUGAGGGCCCCUCUGUGUCUCACUGUCUGCUGGGUGGGGAGGUGAAGGCUCAGAUCCCGUGUUCUCCUCAGAGCCUCAACACGCUGCAGCUCAACACCAGCAGCACGGAGCACCGGGUCCUCACAGUCGGCGGUAGCAGCGACCUCAUCGACGUGUUCACCAACCUGUCCUACAGGACCUUCUCCCUCAGCUUCUGAUGCACACACACACAGAGACACACAUAUAGAGAGACACACACACACACACAGACAGACCCACACACACAGACAUAGAGACAGACACACACACAUACAGACACACACACACAGAGACAUAGACAGACACAUACACACACACACACAGAGACAUACACAUACACACACAGAGACACACUCUCUAAAUGAAUAACUUUUGUAUAAUUUAUUCUGACGGAAAUAAAAUAUUUUUGUUGUUUUAUACAAA